CUUGGACGAGGCGACAUGGCGGCGGCGCUGCUGCUGGCGCUGGGCUUCACGCUCCUGGGCGGCCAAGGCGCCUUCGCGGCCGCUGGCUUUCUCAAGGCGCCACUGUCGCAGGAGCAAUGGGCAGGGGAGAGUGUGGUCCUGCACUGUGAGGCUGUGGGCAGCCCUGUCCCUGAGAUUCAGUGGUGGUUUGAAGGGAAUAACCCAAACGACAGCUGCUCCCAGCUCUGGGACGGCGCCAGGCAGAGCCGCGUUCACAUCCAUGCCACCUACCGCCAGCAUGCAGCCAGCACGCUGUCUGUUGAUGGGCUUGCCGCAGAGGAUGUAGGCACCUACGAAUGCCGGGCCAGCAGUGACCCUGACCGCAACCACCUGACCCGACCACCCAGGGUCAAGUGGGUCCGUGCCCAGGCGAGCGUGGUGGUCCUUGAACCGGGCACCAUCAUCACCUCUGUCCAGGACCUUGGCUCCAAGGUACACCUUACCUGCUCUUUGAACAGCAGUGGCGUCGAGGUUGUUGGCCACCGCUGGAUGAGAGGUGGCAAGUUACUACUGGAGGACUCGCUGCCCGACCUGCAGAUGCAGUACUCGGUGGACGCAGAUGACCGCUCUGGUGAAUAUUCCUGCAUCUUUCUUCCCGAGCCUGUAGGCAGAGGUGACAUCAGUGUAAAAGGGCUACCCAGGAUCAAAGUCGGAAAGAAGUCUGAGCAUGCCAAUGAGGAAGAGACGGUGAAGCUGGUCUGCAAGUCCGACUCGAGCCACCCGCCUGUCACUGAGUGGUCCUGGGUUAAGGUCUAUGACACUGGGAAUGAGCUCAUCACCAACACCUCUGACAACAAGUUUAUUGUGACUUCCACCCCUGAGAAGACGGAGCUGAUCAUCAACACCCUGAACUUGAAUGAAGACCCCGGCACCUACAUGUGCAAUGCCACCAAUUCUGAGGGCAGUGUCCAGGACACCAUCAAGCUGCGAGUGCGCAGCCGCAUGGCCGCCCUCUGGCCCUUCCUAGGCAUCGUGACUGAGGUCUUGGUGUUGGUCACCAUCAUCUUUAUCUAUGAGAAACGUCGGAAGCCAGACCAGGCCCUGGACGAGGACGAUCCUGGUGCCGCCCCGCUGAAGGGCAGCGGGCAUCACUUGAAUGACAAGAACGUGCGCCAGAGGAACGCCAGCUGAGCGGCAGGGCAGGGGGAGUGGCGCCAGCGUGCCUGACCCCAGCCAGCGUCGGCCUCCACUCUGUCCCACCCUGUCCUGACCUGAGCCUACCCAACCCCACCUAUCCCACCCUGGGUGAAGACAGCCUCACCUUGCCAGACGCCCACCUGGAGGAAGCCAGGCACCCGCAGCACCCGUCUCUAGUUUAAACUAAAUGAGGUUUCUAUGCAGAGAAUUCGUUCCUUAGGGGUUUCUGGUUUUUUAUUUUCCUUUCCCUCUUUUACGCGUGUCACUGCGGCCCUGUGGAGUCGGGGGUGGGGCCUGGUCCUUGGUCAGGAGGAUGGGCCAGGCCAAGCCCUGACUUCUUGGUGGGCUGCCCAUCCCCACCACGGGCACCAUGGCUGGGCCUGCUGGCACCGCACAAAUAAAGACCUACCCACCA